UCUCUCCUUCUCUACUCUAACUGGCACAGGCUUGUCAAGGUCUUUGUUGGGUUGAGAUCUCCCAAGACCUUGGACAAAGCUUGCCACAAAAAACCAAAAAAAAGGAAAAACAUCAACAAAGGAAAACAAUAAACAUGAGAGGAAGUGGUGCAAAGGUUGUCUUCACCCUGUUGGUCACUCUGGCCAUCACCAUCCCAUGCCUUGAGGCUGGCAUUGCUAAAUACGACGACUUUCUCAAAGCUCAAGCUAAAGAAGCCCGCGAAAUCGCUAUCGAGUCCUAUGUGCCAACUCCUGAAUUAGUCACCGGUGAGCUCAAUCACCAUGUUCAUCUUGCCAUCAAAAACAGCACAAGGAGGGGACUGAAUGCGGCCAUGAACCCUAUUGGAGGGCGCUGUGACAGCACCAACCCCAUUGACAAUUGCUGGAGGUGCAACAAAGACUGGGCUAAAGACAGGUACCGCUUGGCCAGAUGCGGAAAAGGGUUCGGAAGACGCGCAGUGGGAGGGCUCGGUGGACCCAUUUACGUUGUCACCGAUAACUCCGAUGAGGACAUGGUCAACCCUAAGCCAGGAACCCUCCGAUAUGCCGUCACNCAAAAGGGUCCACUUUGGAUCAUCUUCGAACGCAGCAUGAUCAUNANUCUGAAGCAGGAGCUUCUCAUUUCCUCCGACAAGACCAUCGACGGUCGUGGUGCCAACGUUCUGAUCAGUGACGGUGGUGGCCUCACCGUUCAGUUCGUGAACAACGUCAUCAUCCACGGCAUUCGCAUUAAGAACAUUGUGCCUAAGGAGGGUGGCAUGAUCAGGGACUCCUACAACCANGUUGGACUGAGAACGAGGAGUGAUGGUGAUGCGAUCUCCCUCUUCGGAGCCUCCAACGUGUGGAUCGAUCAUGUUUCUCUCUCUAACGCUGCCGAUGGACUGAUCGAUGUGAUCCAAGGCUCCACAGCCAUCACCAUCUCCAANUGCCACAUGACCAGACACAACGAUGUGAUGUUGUUUGGUGCGACUGACUCGUACACUGAGGACAAGAUCAUGCAGAUAACAGUGGCAUUCAACCAUUUCGGGCAAGGACUGAUCCAGAGGAUGCCAAGGUGCAGAUGGGGAUUCUUCCACGUUCUUAACAACGAUUACACUCACUGGAUGAUGUACGCCAUUGGUGGAAGCGCAGGGCCAACUAUUCUUAGCCAAGGAAACCGUUUCAUUGCUCCCAACAACGACGCUGCAAAGGAGAUCACACACAGAGAUUAUGCUACACCUGACGUCUGGAAAAACUGGCAGUGGCAAUCCGACAUGGACCUUCUGAUGAACGGUGCCACUUUCAACACUUCAGGUGCUCCCAUCAAGAUGACACACAAGAAGGGUCUGAUCAUGAAGCCAAGAGAUGGAACUCAUGUCAGCAGACUCACACGCCAUGCUGGCGCUCUCAACUGCUUUGUUGGCUUGCCUUGCUAGGAAUAGAUAUACACACACAUGUGUAUGUAUAUACGUACGUGUGUGUGUCCAGUUUUUCUUUGUUAUGACAUCAAAUACGAUGUAUGGUUUGUGCGGUUUUAGUUGGAGGAUGAGUAGACUUGAGUGUUCUGCAACAGGCAGUGUUGUUUGAGCUUGUGAGAGAGAAUAAAGGUUCAAACUGCAAGAAAUAAAGUUCCAAGUUACUUGUCACCUUUUUGGGGAUUCAUUUGUAACUUUUGUCCUCUCUUGUUCAUCAAUGG